CGACGUGCCUCCUCUCGAUGAAAUGCAGUCGUGGUCCGAGACUGCGGUGACAGUAUACUUUGAGUCCGGCGGAACGACGCGGUCGGCAGAGCCAGCGCCAGCCUCCGUGUCCUCCUCUGCCGCGCCGCCAAAGCCGCGGUGGCCGCCGCCGAUGCCGUCCUGGCUCGCGGCUGAGCAGCGGGUGGCGUCGCAAGCCGCAUCCUCGAUUGAGCAGGCACACCACUCGCAGCCGGUCUCGUGCGUGCGGCUCUGGCGCGACGAGGACGGUUCGCUCGGCGCACGCGGCCAGCUGUUGGCCGUCUCUGGCUCGUGGGAUUGCGCUGUGCGUGUGUGGAGGGUGGCGGUGGGCGAGGAGGCGGGCGAGGAGGCGGCCGGCGCGCCGGCGGACGCGGCGGCGGCGUUGGCGACGCUCGCUGUCGAGGGCGCGGAGCGCUGGGUGUACGACGUGAUGCCCGUGUCGCUCUCCGGAGGAGGACUCGCCGUCGUCUCGGCGCAGACGGGAGGGUGGGCAGGCGAGCCGCAGCAGCUGCUCCGUCUCUGGCGUGUCGAGCCUGGCGGCGCCUCGCGGCUGGAGAUGCUGCUGAACACGGAGGGCGCCGACGAGCGCGCGCACGCGGCGGCGGCGAGGGCGGUCGGCGGGCUGGGCUUGGGCGGCGAUCCAAGCAGCCCGCUCGCCUACUGCCACAGGCGAGGCGUGCACGCGCUCGCUCUGGCGGGAGGGGGCGGCGGCGGCGUUGACCUUCUCCUCUCCGGAUCGGAGGAGCUGGUGGCGGCGUGGAGGGUCGCUAGCGCGACCGGGCGCGGCGCAGAGGCGGCGAGGGCGGCCUCGCCCCUCGCAGGGAGCCGGCUUGCCGGUCCUCGAUCUUGAGGCGGGGCUAACAGAGGCUUGCCGGCUCGGCUUCAAGGCCGACGGCGCCUGCUGCCUCGCAGAGCUGCGCCCGCCGGAAGGGCACUCUCCUCUGGUCGCCGCCGCCACGCCCAACCGGAGCUACUUCUGGGACAUGCGCUCGAGCGGCGCACCGUGCCUCCGCCUCCCGCUGCCCGGCACCCGCGCGCUCUGCGGCGCCGAGGGUGACCCCGCGGCGCUGCUCGCUGCGGCGGGCGGCGCGGCGGGCAGCGCGGUCAUGGUCUUUGACAUCCGAAGGCUGCCGGCGGACGAUCCGGCGCACAAGAAGGCGCCCGCGCCGCUCGCGCGCUUCGAUGCCCCCGCGGGGGGCAGCCUCGAGUGCGCCGCGGCGCUGGGAGGCACGCUUGUCGCCGGAGACCGCUCCGGCGACCUGCACAUCUGGUGUCUCUGAGCUGUACGGCUCUACGCCUGCUGGGAAUACUAAAUUAGUCAAACACCGCUACGGCAUAGACAG